AUGUUCGAAAACGCAAAAGCCAUUCUAGCGUUUACGCCACUAAACGAAAUAGCUUCUUCGGUAGUAGAGCUUACACGCAAAUGCGUUUCGAUCACCGCGCUGAAACGGGCGCGUCAGCUUCACGCUCUCGUCCUCACCGGCGGCGGAACGGCUGAAUCUCCAUACGCGAACAACAAUCUCAUCUCCAUGUACGCGAGGUGCGGCUUCCUGGAACAAGCGCGAAACGUGUUCGACAAAAUGCCUCAGAGAAAUGUAGUGUCUUACAAUGCGCUUUAUUCGGCGUAUUCUCGGAGUCCGGAUUACGCAAGUUGUGCAUUUAGUCUCAUAACCCAUAUGGAAUUUGAUUCAUUGAGGCCCAAUAGCUCGACUUUCACAAGCUUAGUGCAGGUAUGUGCUGUGGCUGAGGAUGUUUUGAUGGGAUCGUCAUUGCAUUCGCAGGUCAUAAAGCUUGGAUUUUCAGAUAAUGUAGUUGUCCAGACAUCGGUUUUGGGGAUGUAUUCCAGUUGCGGGGACUUGGAUUCUGCGAGGAGGAUCUUUGAGUGUGUGAAUGAUGGAGAUGCCGUGGCUUGGAACGCAAUGAUAGUUGGGAGCUUGAGAAAUGAUAAGAUAGAAGAAGGGCUUAUGCUCUUUAGAAGCAUGUUGAUGUCCGGUGUUGAUCCAACGCAGUUCACGUAUUCGAUGGUGUUAAAUGCUUGUAGUAAAUUGGGAAGUUAUUCACUUGGGAAGGUGAUUCAUGCCCGGAUAAUAGUCUCGGAUAGUUUAGCUGAUCUUCCUGUAGAAAAUGCUCUUCUUGACAUGUAUUGCAGUUGUGGGGAUAUGAAAGAAGCACUUUAUGUGUUUGGGAGGAUCCGUAACCCGAAUUUGGUUUCAUGGAACUCGAUUAUAUCGGGGUGCUCAGAAAACGGCUUUGGAGAAGAGGCAAUUCUUAUGUAUUGUAGGUUACAGAGGAGGUCAACACGUCGGCCAGAUGAAUAUACUUUCUCUGCUGUUAUAUCUACGACAGCGGAACCAGAAAGGUUCAUUCAUGGAAAGCUUCUCCAUGGACAAGUAAUGAAGUUAGGAUAUGAAAGGAGUGUUUUUGUUGGAACAACACUCUUGUCCAUGUACUUCAAGAACGGGGAAGCUGAAUCUGCUCAGAAGGUAUUUGGUGCGAUCACAGAAAAGGAUAUUGUUCUGUGGACUGAGAUGAUUGUAGGGCAAUCUAGAGUGGGAAAUAGCGAGUGCGCGGUCCAAUUCUUCAUUGAAAUGUACAGAGAAAAAAAUAGAACUGAUGGUUUUUCCCUGAGCAGUGUCUUAGGAGCAUGUUCAGACAUUGCAAUGCUAAGACAAGGUGAAGUGUUCCAUUCUCUUUCCGUGAAGACAGGAUUCGAUAGUGUUAUGUCGGUAUGUGGAGCCCUCGUAGACAUGUACAGCAAAAACGGCAGAUACGACACUGCAGAAUCAAUAUUCUUACUUGUUUCAAAUCCAGAUUUGAAGUGUUGGAACUCAAUGCUAGGAGCUUAUAGUCAGCAUGGAAUGGUAGAAGAGGCUCUGAAUGUCUUUGAACAAAUAUUAGCAAACGGUCUUACGCCUGAUGCAGUAACAUACUUAUCUUUAUUAGUAGCCUGCAGCCACAGCGGCUCGACACGGCAAGGUAAGUUCCUGUGGAACCAAAUGAAGGAAAAAGGCAUCAAAGCAGGGUUUAAGCACUACUCUUGCAUGGUGAGUUUGGUAUCAAAAGCUGGGUUACUAGACGAAGCACUGGAACUAAUAGAGGAGUGUCUUCCGGAAAACAAUCAAGCAGAACUCUGGAGAACUCUGCUAAGCGCCUGUGUUAACACAAGAAAUUUGCAGAUGGGACUAUACGCAGCUGAGCAGAUCCUGAGACUUGAUCCAGAAGAUACAUCAACACACAUUCUACUAUCGAAUCUUUAUGCAGUGUAUGGGAGAUGGGAGGAUGUUGCAGAGAUGAGAAGAAAGAUUAGGGGAUUAGCUUCUACUAAAGAUCCAGGAUUGAGCUGGAUUGAAGUGAACAACAAUAGCACACAAGUUUUCUCCUCUGGAGACCAGUCUAACCCAGAAGUAAAUCAAGCUCAAGAUGAACUAAAUAGGUUAAAGAGUAAUAUGUUGUGUAAGUCAUCAUCCAAUGAACAAGAUCCAUUCUUUACAAGACUUGUCUGUUCAGAUUAAAAGUUGUAAACAAGUAUCCUCAUUUCAAUUCAAAUCACUUGUGCAAA